UAGACGAUGGGAAGCCCCCCUGCUUCCGAACCGACCACCAAUCCGUGGUUCCUCCCGGGCCACGGCGGCGGCGGCGGCGAUGCGGCUUCUCUCCGGCGCCUCUGCGCCCCGCAUCCCCUGCUCCCUCCUCUCUUUCCCCCGCGCGAUGCCAAGACGCUUACCGGUCUCCGCCUCUAGAGCCGCCUGCCGAGCGGCCUCCUCGUCAGCUGCCGCGGCCGCGGGCGACGGCGGCGCGAGCGCGCAGAAGCCGUGGUUGUUCGUCGGGCUCGGGAACCCCGGGAAAGUGUACCAAGGCACUCGCCACAACGUUGGAUUUGAGAUGAUUGAUGUUAUAUCAGAAGCUGAGGGUAUAUCUCUCAGCAGUAUGCAGUUUAAGGCAAUGGUUGGAAAAGGUCGUAUUGGUGAUACCCCUAUCAUGCUAGCCAAACCACAAACUUUUAUGAAUGCAAGUGGUGAGUCUGUUGGGCAGUUGGUUUCAUAUUUCAAGAUACCACUUAAUCAAGUUCUUGUGAUGUAUGAUGAUCUAGACUUACCAUUUGCAAAGUUGCGUCUACUGCCGAAAGGUGGACAUGGCGGUCAUAAUGGGAUGAGAAGCAUUAUCAACCAUUUGAAGCAGAACCGUGAGUUCCCACGUUUAAGAAUUGGUAUUGGACGCCCACCUGGGAAGAUGGAUCCUGCCAAUUUUGUUCUUCGACCAUUUAACAGAAAAGAACAAGAAGAGCUUGAUUUCGCUUUCCAUAGGGGCUUGGAGGCAGUUAGAAUAAUGGUACUUGACGGGUUCAACAAGAGCGCAACUUAUGUGAACACGGCGCAGUCCUCUGGAAUGUUGAACAGAUGAUAAACUGUUCGAUUUAUUCUUAUGCCAAAGAGAUUCUUAUGUCAGAUCUCAGCUGUUUCAUAUCCAUUAGACACUUGCACACAUUUGUGCGCUCUGAAAAUCCUGAGUUCCCGAGGACUGAAGAGUUUAUUUGAGCAUGCAGCAACAUUAGGAUGGUUUUGUCAUCAUCAGCUUAAUUAUAUAGAACUAGAGAAGUUGCACUAUAUCAUACUGUUUGUUUCUUACAUUUGUAGUCUUGUAUUUAUUUCAAGAAAAACUGUAGCCUUGUAAUUUGGAGACAUGGAAGAAGGAAGAAGGAAAAAAAGGUCUCCUGCCUUGGUAACCUAUACUUUCAGAAUACUGUUAAACAGGUUUCCAGUGUUUCACUUCCACAAAUACCUUGUCUCACUUUCUACACGUAUAUACAAAUGUUGAUGCAGUAUUCACGCCUUUG